AAAAAAUAAACUUUUUAUAAAUUACAAAAAAAAUAUUUGAUUUAUCAAUGACAAUUAAAUUUAUAUAUAAUUAUUAAAGUUUAACUUCUUGUUUUCCAUCGGAGAGAAGGGUUGAAUAUUAGAGACCUAGCAACCUGUGUUUAUAAGUGAGGUUAAAUAGCCCAACUAGCCCCAAAGCAAACAUUGGCUGAAACAUUUAUUUAUAACUAAAGAGUUAUAAAUAACUUUUUGAAGAUUAUAGUUAAAAACUAAUGACUUAUGUAAAAAAAAAAAAUUUUGUAUUUAUUAAUAACUUUAAUAACCUCACAGACAAAAAAGACUAAUCACCUGUUAACUUUAUUUUUAUCGCUGCAGAAACGAAAAUUUAAUGUUAUUCACUCGUUGACAGUGAAUGGGCGCAGACUAAUCUAUGCAGUGCAUUAGUUUCCGUCUCUGCGUUUUCUUACACGGGCAUCGAUAUAUCCAUACGUGCUACGGUUAACGAGAUAUUCGCAUAUAACUAACUUACCCAUAUGUUCAAUUAGCCUCGGUCUACCUUAUAUAAAUAUAUAUUUUAUUGCUUAAUUUACCAAUUUAUUUAGUUAACUCGUUCUCCAGGACCACGUCUGAAUUCUGUCAUUAUUACCUACUGUAUUAGUUUUAGGGGUCAAAUUCUUUGUUUUUUUCUUUUACUUUUGAAGGAGGAAGUAGGUUACGAAAACAAUUAUUUCAAAAUACAAAACAAUAUUAUAAAAAUUAUUAUUUAAUUGUUAUUUAACAGUAAACACUUUCUAGUUUAUUUUCAUGUUAUUAAAGUUUUAUUUGUAGUUCUUGUUUAAGAAAUAUUACUUGAAAACAAAGAAUUGGUAUGCCAGUAUUUGAGACUUUCCUCUACAGUUUAAUAAAAAAUAAUAAAAUACAUUUUACAUUUUACUGUGUUAAAAUAUAAAAUGUGUGUAGAUAUUAAUGAGAGAAAAUUAUAUAAAAUUCUUCGAAAUACACAAUGUUGUCCUAUUACUAAUAUGAUUUUUAAGAGAAAACUUUCUGUGAAGACUGACUAAAUCAUUCAUGAUUAACCAAUAUACGCGAGUCCCCGCUUCGACGCGCCUCACUGCACUAAAUAAAUUAUCAAAGCCAUUUCUGAUCGCGAUUGUUCAGUUGCAAUCCGUCUAUCGGACAAUCUUGAAUUCUCUCCGCUCUUGUGUCGCACAGUCUCUCCCUCUCGCUUCCUCCUUUUUUGUCUCACCUCAUCUUCGCUCCCAGGCUCGCGUAAUCGCUUCCAGUGCGAGCUAAAUUUAGAGUUGACCGUUGCUUUUACCGAGCCGAGCGGCGUAUAUAAAGUUCCUCCUCUCUCCCUCGCUUCUCUAUUGUCGUUUUCUGCACGCACGCGCUAGCGCACCAUCGACUCCGGGAUCGCGAGACGCGGGAAAACGCCACGUCGAAUUAUCCUACGUGUGAAGCGAUGAACGCAGGGCGAUUGUGAAGUGCGUUGGAGCAACAAUUUUGGAAUUCAAGAUUAUAAAUGCACAGCGAAGAAGAAGCGACUGAAGUGAACUCGUAGCUUUCGAGAUGGCCAGAGACACGCCGGGCUCUCCGAUACCACGACCGCGAGAUUUAGGCGCCGGUGGCGGAGGAGCCGCGGCCACGGCCACCUUGACUUCCGGCGCUUAUCACGCUGCACCAACUGUCGACACCGCCAACAUGCAUGGCCAACACGCGCUGCAGCAGAAAAUACUCGAGCUACAGCAGCACCAUCAGCUUCAACAGCAGAUUCUUCGACAGCAGUACCAUGCCCAAGAACGACAAUUGGCUGAACUACACGAACAACAGAUGCAUCAACUAAAGCUCUGGGAACAGCAGAAGCAGCUAGAGGAACAAAGGCGAGAGAAAGAAAGACUCGAAGCUCUCAGGAAGAAGGAUAAGCAUGAUCAUAGUGCAAACGCAUCCACAGAAGUCAAGGAACGCCUUCAUAGUUUCCUGGUGAACAAGAAACAAAGAGAAGCAGCUGCCGCGGCGAAUGGAGCAGUACCCGGCACACCCGGAUACAGGAGCUGGCUACAACCGCAAUCGGAAUCAUCGAGCACCACGAAUGCAGCGCAUCCAUACCAGAUGCCGCAAAUGCUUCAGAAGUUCGGUGAUGAUUUUCCGCUUAGGAAGACAGCCUCGGAGCCAAACUUGCUGAAGGUGCGACUAAAACAGCGCGUGGAGAGGAACAUGGCAGCAUCGAGAAAUUCACCCCUGAUGGCACGCCGAAAGGACCGCCUGGCGUCGCACCUCAAGCGGAAGUCGUUACUAGCAAACCCUGGCAGCAAUCCUGAGUCCGGGCCUAACUCUCCUCCGACCGUGAAUAAUUCUCAAGCUAGUCCUACUGCUGGAAGCAACACAGCGAUACAAGAAGAAAGUGAAAAUCCGGCAUAUGGAGGACGUCUUACUAGCAACAGUCAACAAGGCAGUCUUUCGGACCUUUCGCUUUUCAGUUCACCGUCCAUGCCCAAUAUCUCAUUGGGCAGACCCCACGUACCGUCGAGCUCUUCGAGUGGGACAAAAUUGGCACCGGUCUCAGAAGCGGAAGUACGGGCAGCGUUUACAGCACGUCUCGGUAUGCCGCUUACCGGUCAGAUGCUACAUGGCACCUUGCCGUUCUAUCCAUCCUUGACAGUUAUUGAUGGCGAGCAUCCAGCGUAUAUUCACAAACAGAUACAACAAAAUCUGCAAGAACAGGCAACCCCAUCGUCUGCGACAUUGGGUGGUAGCAGGCAACAUCCGGCAGCAGCGGCUGCAGUGUAUCAUACAGCGGCGCCAAUCACAGAUACACAAGUAGCGCACGCAAGACUGCAAAAGGCUGGUCAUCACCGGCCUUUAGGUAGUAGAACUCAAUCCGCACCACUACCGCUAGGCCAUCCAAUGCUGCAGGGCGGCAUAAUUGCACCAACUACUCACUAUGAGGAAUAUCUCGCGGAGAAGCACUUGCACGAUCAGCAACAAGCGCACAAUUAUUUGAAACAGCAAAUCCGUCAAACCGUUUUGACACGAGUGGGCUCACGCGGCCAGACCAAUCAGCUAGAUGAAGCACCAGAGUCUGAGGAAUCUGAAGUGAUAGAUCUCACAGGCAAAAAAGAUCAUCCAGAAGAAAGCGAGAUUUCGAAGCAACAGAGAGACCGCGAACAGUUCCUGCAACAACAGAGAGAUCUCAUGAUGAGACACACGUUACAGAAUGAAUCGACUAUUUAUGCUGGAAGUUUAAGCAGAACCUCUCAAUCAGCUAGGCCGCUUUCCAGAGCGCUGUCGAGUCCUCUCGUACAUCUAGGUCCUCAGGCCAGCGGUGGUGAUAUUUUCGCGCGAAGUUCUUCGCAUCGACCCACUACAGGAUUAGCCUAUGAUCCAUUGAUGCUGAAACAUGCGUGUGUAUGUGGUGAAACGGUCAGAGGUCAUCCUGAACACGGUGGCCGAUUGCAAAGUGUAUGGGCUAGGCUAUCGGAGACAGGUCUGUUGCAACGUUGCGACCGAGUGCGCUCACGUAAAGCUACACUCGAAGAGAUUCAAACAUGCCAUAGCGAAGCUCAUGCGCUUUUAUUUGGAACAAAUCCGUUGAAUCGACAGAAAGUGGAUAUGUCCAAGCUGUCGCAAUUACCUAUCAAAAGUUUUGUCCGACUUCCCUGUGGUGGAGUUGGCGUUGAUUCUGAUACAACAUGGAACGAGCUUAAUACCGCACCUGCUGCCCGAAUGGCGGUGGGAUGCGUUGUUGACCUUGCAUUCAAGACAGCACUAGGUGAUAUUAAAAACGGCUUUGCUGUGGUGAGACCGCCCGGACAUCACGCAGAGACCAACCAAGCUAUGGGUUUCUGCUUCUUCAAUUCAGUAGCAAUUGCAGCGAGGCUACUUCAGCAGAAACUUGACGUUAGAAAAAUUUUAAUUUUAGAUUGGGACGUUCAUCAUGGGAACGGUACACAGCAGAUGUUUUAUGAUGAUCCACGAGUACUCUAUUUAUCGAUACAUAGACACGAUGACGGUAAUUUCUUUCCUGGAACUGGUGGGUCUACUGAGUGCGGCGCUGGCGAAGGUCUCGGUUACAAUGUAAAUGUGGCAUGGUCCGGUGGUCUGAAUCCUCCCAUGGGCGACGCAGAGUAUCUCGCGGCAUUUCGUACAAUUGUUAUGCCAAUCGCCAAGGAAUUCGAUCCGGACAUUGUAAUUGUCUCAGCUGGUUUCGAUGCAGCUGUAGGCCAUCCAGCGCCACUGGGUGGCUACAAAGUCAGUCCAGCAUGUUUUGGUAAAAUGACACAACAAUUACUUAAUCUGGCUGAUGGCAAGGUUGUUCUUGCCUUGGAAGGAGGCUACGAUUUAGCGGCGAUCUGCGACUCGGCACAAGAAUGCGUUCGGGCGCUGCUCGGUGACGAAUCCGGUCAACUCCGGGACGAGGAACUCACAAGAAUUCCCUGUCAAAACGCUAUCGAUACGCUACAGAAAACCAUUGCUAUUCAAAUGUCACAUUGGCCUUGUGUAAAGCUGACUGCUCACACGGUCAUAAUGAGCGCUAUAGAGGCGAGUCAAAAGGAACACGAUGAAACGGAAACCGUGUCUGCAAUGGCUUCUCUAUCUAUGCAACAGCCUACAAACCUCACGACUACGCCAGAACAUUCCCGAGAGGUUUCUGAAGAGCCGAUGGAACAAGACGAGGUCAAAUAAGGUUCAUGAAGAUGAUUCUGCUAGCUAUAGAAAGCAUUAAUUGCACGAAACUGUGCAAAUGCUCUUUGGGAUCUCUAGAAGUGCAUUUCUCAGUGCAGAUCAAGGGACUCUAUCAAAUGUCUAUUGUGCCAGGCGCACAGUUAGCUAUGAAUGUUCUACUUACAGGAACAUGGUCAACGUUGUGUGUAAAUUCGUGCACAGUCCAAAGUUUAAGAUUUUUAAAUAUUUUUUCAAAAUAAAACGAUAUGUAAACAACGGCCAAGUAAUAAGGAAGAAGUGAUCUGUAAUGCUUCAGGAGGUUAAUGACAAUUUGCAAUAGUACGCAAGCUCGCCGACCUCCCUCUCUUUAUUAUUAAUUUUUUGUGCUAGCCAUGAAAGCGCAAAGUUGUUUGUGAAUUUUGCAAAUGUUUCUAUUGCACUUCGCGCGUUUGAUGCGCGAGAUUGUUGUAUAGUUAGUUAUGGAUGACAAAUUGUAUUUGUUCAUUCUAUAGAUUUUUUUUAUUAUGAAUCACAAGAUUUGUAAUUUUUUUAACAAAUUACUGUAAACAUUGUUGACAUUAACUCGAGGAUACUAAAUAGCUUUUGCCCACCAAUUGGAUAUUGCUUAACAAAUUUUUAAUCCCAGUGUCUUAUCGGCGAACAACGAAUGGUUUCGAGACUUGAAAACUGAAAUGAGGACAUUUUGUGAUAUUAUUAACCAAUACUUGUCUGGAUAAUUCCAAUUGAUUGUUGUGGAAAAAGAAUUAUAGAUCAAACGCAUUUUGUCGUUCGACGAUUCGGUGGGAAAAAAAUUGUAAACAUGCAUUCUUCAAAAAUGAUAAAUAUACGCCAAUACUUUGUUGACGUUAUCAAUAUAAGGCGUCAAAACUUUCUCACAGCUGUAUGAAACAAGUCUGAUGCAUCGAGUUGCCUUGGAUAAUUCGCAGGAAGAAUUAAUUACUUGUAAUAAUGCGUAUAUAUUUUUGAAUGCUACUUUGGACGUCUACUUAGAACAUUUUCAACGAGCCAUAUUUUAUCGAAACAUUCAGGGAAACAAGUACAGGGAAUUUGCGAAAGAGCUGUGUUAAUACAACAAAUGUAUAUCUUGAAUCCUAAAGAAUCGUUUUAUAUUGCGCCUAUUGAUAUGAGAAAGACACGAAUGCAUUAUAGAUGAUAUAUCAACUAUGGGAUGUAUGAUUUUUCAACAUAAAGGAUUCAUGGCUCCGAGAACAUCGGCAUACGUGUCUUUGUUUAUGUACGAAAUUUUUCUAAGAGAUAAAGAAUUCCUAUAAACCAUCAGAAGAUUAAAUAAAGAUGGUAAAAUGGCGAGUUUAAUGACAAAAAAGGCAGCUUAAAUCAUUGCGCUCGCUGUUUUUCAUUUUCUAAUGUAUAAAAUCGAGAGAGAGAGAGAGAGAGAGAGAGAGAGAGAGAUAAUUCCAAUAAAAUAGAAAUAUAUAUAUGUAUGUGUGUGUGUGUGUGUGUGUGUGUGUGUGUGUGUGUGUGUUAUGCAAUUUAAAAAAAUAAAUAUUUUAUAUACGGAAGUUCUCUUCGCAACUAUCCAAAGAGAUUUUCCAUUGAUGAUAAUUAAAGUAAAAAAAUUAUAAGAAAGGAACCAGCAUAUUGGUAGAAUAACUUUAUGUCGAACGAUUUUUUCUAAAAAUAUAAUGCCCGAGUAAUAGAUUGAGAUUUUUUUCUGGAGAAGGUAUCAGAGACUAUUUCAUUGGUAUGUAUAGAAAAUAUUCUCCGAAUUUCUAGAAAUUUUCACGUGUAUGUCAGGCCUCGCUACAAGAAUUCGUGCAAUAACAACGAUUGGACAACCAUCUAUUAGUCUUUAUAACCUUAUAAAGACAGUAGCGUUUAGAUGUAAUUUUCUCCGCUUUCAACGCGAUCUACACUCGGUGAAAAUGCGUAUGUCGCGCAUCAUGCUGAUCACUAGCGCUUUCAUUGUUUCAUCGUCGGAUUCGCUUUCCUUGUUCUUCGAGUAUUCAGAGAGUAUGAGAUGGCGAGAGCUUCGCAGUAUGUGAACACUUCUCUUGAAUCGAGGACGAUUUACGCGACUUGGAUAACAAAAUUUGUAACACUGUUAAAGGAAAAAGAAAAUAUAAAAGGAAAAAAGAAAAAAAGUUAAUGUCUAGAUCUUAAAACGAAUAAUAUGCGAAUAUAUAAUGCGAUACCACGUGCACGUGGUAAAAACGUGACAUGAUAUACCUACCAUACUGAGACAUGCCAUGACAUAUUAUCACAGAUUGUGCUAUGACCAAUUUGGUUAUUAUCAGAUAUGUAACAAUCUUUCCGCAGUUAAAAAAUGAAAUGACUUCAGAUUAAAAUUGAUUUAGGACAUAAAACCUAGCUACAUUGCAGCAACAUUAUAAUCUUGCAUAUUGCAAUGCAAUGUUUCAGAACCAUUAUUAAAAUAUGGGUAUAUAAAUCAUCUGAACCUAAAUAUUGUCACAAUAUUUAAAAAAUGUAAAAAUAAACUAAUAUGAACUUGUGUAAAAUGUGUGUACAUACAUUUUAUAAUUUAUCAAACUUUGUUAGAAAUACGAAUCAGUUUUAUAACUAUUACUUGAACUUAUGCUUAAACACAAUACAAGGUUUAUAUAAAAUUGCCUACAUAUGUCAUAUCUAUAAAAAUUCAUCUAUCGGAGGUUUCGAGAUCGCGGUGUUUUUUUUUUGUAAGUUUCAAUAUUAAAUUUUAAUUAAAUAGUGAAACUCUAAAAAGUAUAACUUUAUUUAAAUCACAAUCUGUGGAACAAUCUGUAAAACAUAAAUAUACAUAUACAGAAAAAUGCUAAAAAUUAAAUUAAAAAAAAAACUAAUUUAUAACGUUACAAAAUUAUAUAUAUAUAUAUAUAUAUAUAUAUAUAUAUAUAUAUAUAUAUAUAUGUAUAUGCAAUGCAAUAUUUCUAAAGGUGAGCUUUGUAUCAUUGUUGCAAUGUUAUAACAACAUUUUAUAAUAAUUUUACAAUAUUUUAAUGUUAUGAUAAAAUAUUUCUAUAAUCCUUUCGUACUGUAUGGAAUUUUGUUGUCACUCGAUUACAUUUAUAAGUUGGAUUCGAGCUUGCGUUUAUACACAACUCAAAUAAUUUGAUUUGACUGAAUUUUGAUUCACAUAUAAUUAUUUAUAUAAAAAAUUGAUAAAAUCCACAAAGUACAUAUUUUUGUUAAAUGCACUUUAAGAAACCGGAAAUUAACAUUGCAAUUAGGCAUUUUUCUUCGAAAUUCCUAAUGACAGCUCUUACAAAUAUUCGGUGCAUAGAAUUUCUUAUAUCUGUCAUGUAAAUCACUGCCAAUGACAAGUAUACGGCAUAACCGCAUAUUCCCACGAACACGUGCAAUCGCAUCAAUAUACCAUCGAUAUAUAUUGUUUCCAAAUGCGCGCAAAACAGACCGAGAGUAUCGUUUUGACGAGAUUUUAACAACAUGGUUUCUUGCUGCGAAUAAAGGCUGGUGUAAUUUUUGUGAUAUUUUGUAAAAAGAAAUUAUCUAUCUAUCUAUCUAUCUAUCUAUCUAUAUAUAUAUAUAUAUAUAUAUAUAUAUAUAUAUAUAUGUAUGUAUGUAUGUAUGUAUAAAUUAUAUAUGAUUAUUAACCUAAUACGCCGCGAAAUGAUGUGUGUAAGAGAAAUGGGAGAAAAGUAAAUAUAAUUCACAAAUACAAGCAUUUAUUUUUGUGUCAUGCAUUUUAUCGAAAAGAAAAGGAUUAAUAAAAAAGAACGAACUUGAAUAUAAGAGGAAAAUCUAUUGGUAAAUAAAUUACAUAAGGAUGCGUAUAUACCGUUCGUCAUGCAAGAAAUAAACUAUAUGUAUCCAUAAUGCGUAUAUAAUGCACGCGCGCGUGCGUGCGUGCGUGUGUGUAAAGAUAUCUGAUAUAUGUAUAUUAUAUAUUCAUGUACCGCAAGAAUCUCAAGUGUCUGUUAAAUGUUUGUCCGAUAAAAAUUCACACUGAAAAAUGUUUAAAAAUCGACUCGGUGUAUAUGAAGUACAAUGUAAAGAUACGAGUCCAGCCUAUGUGUAUACAGUAAGUUAAUUAAUGAAAAAAUACGAAAGAAAAGAAAAGGGGAGAAACAUGACGAACGUGAGCACACCAGUCUGUCGUUGAUUGAAACAAUUGAUUCUAUUAUAACAUUAUCUAAAAAUAACUUUAGAUGCAUGUAUAUCUAUUUGUAAUUUAAGAGCGAGUCUGUCAUCAACAACAAUAUCACUCUGUUGUUGGCUUCGAUCAAAGUGAAGGAUACGUAACUUGCUCUUGAUUAAAAGAAUGAGCUUCUUUCCAAGUUUACAGAACAACAUGGCGUUUUGUCAUCGCGGGCCUACAAACAUCACAUUCUGAUUAAUCAUGUUCCGUCGUGAUAUUUCUGUCUUUCCUUCACAUAUGCAUCAUUAUCAUACCCAAGCAACCAAAACAUCCAAAAAAACCUAUCUAUACUUGUAUCCCGUUAAAGGCAUCUAAAAAGAAUUCUGAAUUUUGUAUCGCGCAAGAUUUAUAUAAAGAUUACAAGAUUGUGCUUGAUGAUCAAACGGCCACAUUUAACGCCAAAUAUAGGAUAUUGAUGCAAAUUGUAAUGUUUUAAACAUUGUUUAAAUUAAUGAUCGUAUUCAUAUUUCAUAUAUAUUGCGAAGCCUGGUUGUCUUAUAAUUUGUACUUAAGAUAAUAAGUAAAAUCUCUUUUCAAGGUCAUCUAUAAGACGAAAAUACAAGUUAAAAUUAUCACCUUUUAAUCGAACAUGCAAAUUUUUAUCUUUUAAAGUUUUGCGUCGCUUGGAUAAAAUCCGAACGAUGAAUGUUUCGCGCGAGUUUUGAUAGAAAGAGGAAAAAAGAGCGAGAAACUUAUGACAUUCCGGUAUUAUCACCCAUGGCAAGUUGAUACAAAUUAGAUAUAAAUGACUAUUAAGUUUUUAUCCAAACGCCGAGUAUAAAUGUGGAUUUUAAUAGAGCUCUACUUAUGUUAGUACAUGCGUGCACGCGCGCACGCGCAUACACACGCGACACACACAUACACACACACACACACACACACAUUUACACAUACACGAAUAUACUGUCUAUAUUGCAUAAGCUUAACGUAGUAGUUAUAAAUUUUUUAUGUAUAUAAAUGUACCUUGUAAACUAAUUUUAAAUAAAAAGUAUAGUCAUUGUGUUAAACAUUAAA